UGGCACGAGGGGGGGCAUCAGUACUCGCGGCGGUGCCGCUCACGCCGCCCGCGCCAUGGCGUCCGUCGCCGCUUGGCUGCCCUUCGCUCGAGCAGCCGCCAUCGGAUGGGUUCCCAUAGCCACACACCCACUACCGCCGCCCCCAGUCCCCAAGGACCGGCGCCGCGCCGAAGACGAGAAGCUCCUCAUCAACGUCUCCGGACGACGCUUCGAGACAUGGCGGAACACCCUCGAGAAAUACCCCGACUCACUGCUCGGCUCCACCGAGAGGGAAUUCUUCUACGACGAGGACAGCAGAGAGUAUUUCUUCGACAGAGAUCCAGACAUAUUCCGCCACAUACUAAACUACUACAGGACUGGCAAGUUGCACUAUCCCAAACACGAGUGUCUGACGGGCUACGACGAGGAGCUGGCUUUCUUUGGGAUCCUACCUGACGUGAUCGGGGACUGUUGUUAUGAGGACUACCGUGAUAGGAAACGUGAGAAUGCCGAAAGGCUGAUGGACGAUAAGUUAAGUGAGGCGGGAGAUCAGAGCCUGCCUCAACUGACAGAUUUGCGGCAGAAGAUGUGGCGCGCGUUCGAGAACCCCCACACUUCGACUGCUGCGCUGGUAUUUUACUAUGUGACUGGGUUCUUCAUCGCAGUAUCGGUGAUGGCGAACGUAGUGGAGACAGUGCCGUGCGGCCACCGGCCCGGCCGCGCUGGGACCCUGCCGUGUGGCGAGCGAUACAAAAUCGUGUUCUUCUGCUUAGACACAGCGUGUGUGAUGAUAUUUACCGCGGAGUACCUGCUCCGACUCUUCGCAGCGCCGGACCGCUGCAAGUUCGUGCGAUCCGUGAUGUCGAUCAUAGACGUAGUCGCCAUCCUGCCGUACUACAUCGGGCUCGGGAUCACCGACAAUGACGACGUCUCCGGCGCCUUCGUGACCCUGAGAGUGUUCAGAGUGUUCCGUAUCUUCAAGUUCUCCAGGCACUCUCAGGGGCUGCGGAUCCUGGGGUACACGUUGAAGUCGUGCGCCAGUGAGCUGGGCUUCCUGGUGUUUUCGUUAGCGAUGGCGAUCAUCAUCUUCGCCACGGUGAUGUUCUACGCUGAGAAGAACGAGCAAGAUACUAAUUUCACAUCCAUUCCCGCUGCCUUCUGGUACACCAUUGUGACGAUGACAACGCUGGGGUACGGAGACAUGGUACCAGGCACGAUAGCUGGUAAGAUCGUGGGAGGAGUGUGCUCCCUCUCCGGAGUGCUGGUGAUAGCCCUCCCUGUGCCUGUCAUCGUGUCCAACUUCUCCAGAAUCUACCACCAGAACCAGCGCGCUGACAAGAGAAAGGCUCAAAGGAAAGCCCGUCUCGCGCGAAUCCGCAUCGCCAAAGCCUCAUCAGGGGCCGCAUUCGUGUCAAAGAAGAAGGCAGCAGAGGCUCGUCUCGCUGCGCAGGAGUCGGGCGUAGAGCUAGAUGACGCUGGAAGAGACGAAGACAUUUUCGAGUUGCAACACCACCACCUCCUGCGCUGCCUUGAGCGCACUACGGAUCGAGAGUUUGUGGAGAUGGAGAAUCCAUUCAACGGGGCGGCUAAGCGCGCAGGCUCGCCCUCGCCGCUUGCGUCGCCUGCGCACUCUGGACGUGCGCCCGCGCUGCUCGCGUGCUGCGCGCGGUGCGGUUGUUGCCCCCAAAAAUACCAGGUCCUGCUAUUAGAUUCGAGUAGGAAGGGAAGAAAGGGCGGCAGGCGGUAUACUUCGACCUCACGACCCUCCGACACGUCAGUGUCCGCUGCGCCCAGCGAAGACCCCUUACCACAAGCGUGUGGCAAAUACAUUCCUGCCGGGAGUACUGUGCAAGGAAACCAGACCGGUGUUGCGAUGGAUGGGACUUACUUAGUGGAGGCGUCCUUCUAGGGCCCGUCCACCACUCACAUGGAGACCUAUGUAUAGCACAUGCAAGUGAAACUAUCACGGACAUGAAAGCCUAGUUGAACACUAGCAAACAACGACGCGACGUCGUAACAACAAUUAUUAGAAUUAUGAAUCUGUGUAACUUAAUGUUCUAAGUCUAACACGAUACUGCCUAACAUUAAUAAAAAAAAUAUCAGAUUUGUAUUUUGCAAGAUAUUCGAGUGCGAGUAUGGACACAGAGUUAUACACUGUGAUUUUCAAAAUGGAAUAGUCCAUUUCUUGUUCCAUUCCAUUUUUAAAAGACUUUCUGUAGUGCCAUUCCAUGUUUCGAUUAUCGGAAUGCGCUCUGGAAUGGAGUAAACGUUUGGAAAUGGAAUGCAUUUCUGGAUUGUGACAUGAAAGAGAUGGAAGAUAUUGUGGUCUUUGUCUCUGGACAUAAAGUUCUUUCACGUCCUCUCCGUGUAGUUUCUUUUAUCCGUAUUAGUAAUAAAACAGUAUUAAUUAAGAUUUUAAAUGUUAAUGGUGAACGGAUAGAGUCUCGCUUCUUAUAACAACGAGGUAUUAUUAUGUGAAUAUGGUAUCGUCUUUAGUCUAGUAUCUUGUGAGAGGCGUUAUUAGAAAAGACAGCUAGUUUCAAAUUUCAAUAUAGUCAAUAGUUAUUCGAGUCAUAUCAAUAUUAGGCAGUUAAAUAGACGUACCGGUAUGUUAUAUGUAAACUGUUCAUAGUUAAAGUCAUUUUUGGGGGUCCUAAGUUGAAAUUAGAGUGUAAAAGUGCAAUAGAGUAACGUCUAGUCAUGGUUGAAUUAAAAAGUAUGACAGCAAGGCAACGUUUUUCUUAAAUAACAUUUUAAUGAAUACUCUCGGUCAUCAUAGAUGCUGUUUCUAGUCAAAAUCAAUGUGAUCAAAUUUUAACGUGACUUUUAUGUAAUUUUAACUAAUUUUAGUUUUGAAACAACGGUGUAACAUCGAAUGAUAUUAAUUUUAAUUUAUAUUUUAACGUAAAAAAUACAAUAUUUUAGUUUAAUUUUAACUGUAUUAAUUACAAAAUCAUAUUUUAUUUUUAGUAUCUUACUAAUCCAUCUAAUAAAUCCUACUAUUAAAUAAUAAUUAAGAAUAUAUAAAAAAUAAAAUAAUACACUAAUUUUAUUUUACUUUAUAUAAAAAUCAGGACCUUCUAAUGACUUUGACCGUGGACGAACUCUCGAGGUCCCAAAAAUAUUUUAAAAAAUUUUAAACUUUUUUUUUAUUUAUUCACUAGAACUACUAGUGCCUUCGAUAUUUGUUAUUUCCAUAAAAUCGUUGCUCUGUGUUAGUGAAGCGUAAAUGUUAGUGUUAUAAUCGGAUUAUGACGUCAUUAUCGACGUAGUGAUGUGUAAUUUGUAAAGGACAUCAACGUCACGCGAUGACGUGACGUAGUGAGAAAACAGAAGUGUUUGACGGUUAAUUACGGCGUCUAAACUAACUGUUGGUAUUUAUGUCGUUAAAAUGCUGUAUUUUGUCGCAAAAUAAACAUGCAGUGAUUGAAAAAAGAUAUUUAAGUAUUUCAAGAAUGAUUUUUUAGUUUGUAUUCGUAUGUAUCGACUGAUAGUUUCUUUGACUUUUUUCGACUUUUGCCACUUUAUUCAAUCACUGCUGUUUUACCGAUGUGUGACGAAUUCUCUCCGCGCAGAAUAUGACGAUGUUACCGAGUGUCAUCAGUAGAGUGACCCCCUAUCAUAGAUCAGUCUUAUGAUUGCAUUAGUAUGAAAAAUGUUACGAUAUAGAUAGAGAAUUUAUGUGGUUACAUUAGAAAUUUAUUUAAUUAUAUGUUAAUAAAUAGCAGUAAGACGAAUAGUGUUUAAGUAAAAAUUUAUUGCAUUGAAUGCAUGAUUUUAAAAUUGUAGAUAAUGUAUUUUUUUCACCAUGCUUUCUUUCCAAAUGUGUCUUUUAAAUUUAUCGAUUAAAAAAGUAAAUUGAAUAUCGUGACGUUUCACGUCACUACGCGUUGAGAGACGCUUCGAUUUUUAAAUUUAAAAUUUUUAUUAAUCAGUAUACUAUGUAUUGUAAAUUAUUUCUUACAAAAAUUAAAUUUUAAUAAAAUUUUACUUCAAUUUACUGAAGUAUUAAAUCGCUUGCCAGAUUUAUGGUCUAAUACUUAAAUGGAAGAUGAACUUCCGAUUUCUUUAAAGUAAUUCCUAUGUAGUCUACUUAAAAUUAUUAGUAGACAUAAGCGUUAUUUAAAAUAUUCUUAUACGACUAUGGGUUCUAAAGUGGUGCCUCCAAAUUGAGUGGACCAUUGAAUCCUUAAAGAAAAUUCUCGAAACACGUGAAGAAAGCAUGGUUUUUAAACAAAAUCUUUUUGUUUUUAGUUUUAUAAUAUUUAUCGUAGUAUUUAUGAAACCGAAUUCGAUGUUAAAAAAAAAGUUUCUUCCAAAAUAUUGCCACAAUUUCUACUAAAGUGUAUUGAGAAAAUGUGUAAUAUUCAAUAAUAAUAAAAAAAUUUGGUAAUAUCGUAAGUAUGUUUAGAAGUCGAGUAAUUUAAAACGUUUUAAAAUAUAUUUCUUUUCCUUUCGGUAAAAAUGGGAAACUGAUAAUAAGUCGAGGUGAAUAGGAAAAGGUGAUUGCAUUGUAAGAUAUUUGUUUAAUAACUAAAUAAUAAAAAAUACCCCAAAACACCCACAGGAAAACGGGAUGAAUAAAAUUCGAAGGAUGAAUAGAAUACAGAAGAUGGGUGAAUAAAUAUUAGGAAAAUAUUCUGACAUCUAUUCACCCCAUUCCUGUAUCUAUUCCCUCUUUACAUUCUAUUUACCCUGUUUCGAUCUCCAUUAUACUGUAUAAUCUUAUUUUUAUGCAGAUUUGGUACAUACUAAUUUUGAUUAAAAAUAUCUAACCUAGAGUCUAAAUUUUAUUCUUGUUUAGCUCAUUUUUAGCUCCAGGCCACAUUUUAAAUCAAAAUUAGUGUUUUAAUAAUUGAAUAAAUACAAAUAUCUUGCAAUGCAUGCCAAAAUAAAUCGUGUUUGCUUAGUUUAUGGUCCAGAACCCUGUGAUUCUAUGGCUGUAUUACAAUUUUAAUUGUUUCAGUUUCAUUUGUUCGUCAAAUUAUAUUGUUAUGUUGAAGUGAUAAUGAUUUUAAAUUAAACUAAAAAGCUAAAUAAAUUACAUAUUUAGCUAAUUUAUUGUGUUUUAUUACUGUAUUAAACCUUGAUUAAAAUUAAUUGAAAUUUGAUUUUUGCGACUCAAACGUAUUACAGAGAUCAUACAAAUAUUUAGUUUUGGGAGUUUUAGAAAAAUAUAAAAAAUACGAUUCUGUAUUAAGCAUGAUGAAUUAAAGCAAGAAGAUGUAAUAUAAAAAAAAUAGUAUGCAUAAUCUGUACCCUUAGUAUGAUUUUGUUUCACGUUUAAAGUAAUCUAAAUGACAGCGGGUUCGGUGCUCUAAUUAGCCGGCUCGAAUAAACCAACCAAUCAAAACGUCGAACGCUCUCUUGUUUCGAUUACUUUUAACGUAAACUAAACUCAUACUAAGGGUAUUGCAUUGCAUUGUUCAAUCUGGGUAGUAAAAAUACCUACUCCCGUUACUUUCAACAUAGCAUAGAGACAUAGUAUGUCUAUCUGUCAUAAUGUCACUUCAACAUAAAAAUAAAGACUAAACGAACAUUUUUAAUUGUUUAAAAUCAAUAAUUUAAAAUUUUCUCAAGAGUUUACGUUUUGUUAUUUUUAAAUUGUCUAUCAAAAUGUUUCUGUAAAUACUCAUUUUUUGUUUUUAAAGAUUUUAUUGUCACUCUGUUAAAUAUUGUUAUUAUAGAAGUGUUACUGUGAUGCCGUAAUUCUCUAAAAUUUAUGAAAUAAAUAUUUCAAUUAAAAGUUUUAAACUAUACACUGAAUUUUAAAAAGAUUUUUUAAAUGAUUUUAAAGAGAGCACUUACAAUAUUUUAAUUAAAAAUACAUUUUUAUUUUAAUAGAGUUUUUGGUAUAAAGCCUGACAGUAACACUUUUAAAAAUGCUAAAUAAUUAAUUUUGAACAUAAUUCACGAUAUUUUACUGUGUGUUUUCAAGACUGUGUUGUUUAAGUAAUUAAUAUCUAUUUAAAGCGAUGGCCAUGCUCGGAUAUUUUAAACUGACUAUUAAAAACACAAGACAAAUUUAAAAUACUCAACAUUUUAAAUAAAAAUAAUUAUUAAUGUUUUUGGUAUCUUAAGCCGAUAUUUUUAGAACUUUUAGUAAAACACCAAUGUCCUUUGUCAGAAAAAAAGUUUAAAAUUUAUAUUUUAAACUAAAAAAUCGUUAUGUAAAAUGGCAGUCGAAAAUUAAAUUUUAGUUUUUUCAUAGUUCUCACAUAAAUCCGAGCACGAACCAUCAAGUCGUUGUGAGUUAAAAGAAAAAAAAGAAAGAAAGAAAGAAUGUGUCGUUGGACCAAAAUGGGGAACUUCGUGUGUUUAGAAAUCUAGAAUAAAGUACGAUCUUAAGAAUUAUUUACAGGAGAUAGGAUGGUCUAAAUACUUAAAUCUAUAGUUGAAGAAAAUUAAAAAUCAAUCCAAUCUAUGAAAAACUAGCUUCUGCCAUUGGCUUCACCCGCGUUCCCGUGGAAUAAAAAGUAUCCUAUCACCCAAGUCAGCUCAUACUCUGUCUGUAUACCAAAUUUCAUCAAAAUCCGUUCAGUAGUUUCAGCGUGAUUGACGGACAAAUAUUCAAACAUCCAAUCAAUCUGAGUGAUACUUCGGCUUCAUGUCUUAAAAAACUGUUUCAUCCUGUGAGUUAGGUUUUCGGAGCCCCACUCCCCCUUAAAGGCAGGCAAUGCGCUUGUGACUUGCUGUGUUGUGGGUGUCCAUGGGCGGUGCCGAUUGCUUACCAUCAAGAGAUUCGUUUGCUCGUUUGAAGCCAUAUGUACUUAAUGAAUAACAGGUAAUCUAAUACAUAUAUAAAAUUCUCGUGUCACAGUUUUCGUUGCCAUACUCCUCCAAAACGGCUUGACCGAUUUUGAUGAAAUUUUUUGUGCUUAUCCGGUAUCUAUGAGAAUCGGCCAACAUUUAUUUUUCAUCCCCCUAAAUGUUAGGGGUAGUACAACCCUAAUUUUUUUAAAUUAUUUAUAUGGCAAAACAACGUUUGCCAAGUCAGCUAGUAUAAUAUGAAAUUGUUUUAUAUUCAAUUUCUUGGCCAUAAUAUCUCCUGUAUGAUAAUAUCUAAGUGAGCGAGUGGUUGAUUUGUUUUUAUAAUUAUUUGUACCUACGUAUGACUAUCGAUUGUCGACUUAAACAAUGUUUUAUGGCUCUCGGUUCAGAACCCUUAGCUUAAUUCUUUGUUAUUUUGAGAAAAAAAAUAAACAUAAUUGUAUAUAACA